CCUGGCCCCCCCAGUCAGUAGCUCCCCCACCACCAGCCACCAGGAGGGCUGUGGAGUGUGGAUGUCAGCCCGGCCAGCCGGCCAGCCGCUGGCCCCACUGCCUCUCCCAUGGGGGAGACCACCUUCCCCUACUGGGCCCCCGAGGGCUGCUGCCUCGAGGUUAUAGAAACAAUCCUCUUCCUGGUUACCUUGAUCAUCAUCCUGCAGCUGGCCGUCAGCCUGGCCCCGGCGAUCUGCUAUUAUGUCUGCUGCAUCAUUAGAUCUUUAUACAGAAGCAUUAUGGCCACAGUCUUAUCAGGGCAGUGUUCCCAUCAGGACCUCGCUCACCGGCGGCGCCGGGAAAGGAGCCGUUCCCCACCCUGCCACUGCCUCCUGUGCAUUCCUGAACCCAUCCAUCUUACCAUGAAUGUCCAGAAUGAGGAGGCUCACCGGGCUGGGAGGCGCCCUUACCCUGACUUCCUGCCAUGCCACCCGCCCCGCUAUUACCAUCCUUGUGACUGCGAAAACCGGUCCCGUCCGCGUACCGCCUUGGCCCCUGCGGGUUAUGCUCCCAUCGUUUGCUGCCGGGACGUGGCCGUCGGCACCUCCGAGCCCAUGUUAUAUCCGGGCAGCCAGGAACGCCGGAAUGACAUGGCAGUGGGCACCGAAUUCUACCCCCGGACGCAGGUGGGGGAGACUCACUACCGCCUAUUAGGGCCCAGCCAUGAUGCUGAAUACACAGGAGGACCCCCGCCACGCUCCCAUCGGCCCACCAAAGUUUACAUCUACCCGGUGCACCCCCAGACGCCCCCCGGGAGCAGAUCGGCUAGCCCGGAGAGGCUCCACCGGCGUCGGGGAGCCACAACCGGCAGCCAGGAAGAUCAGCAGCAGGAAUUUGAGACCCAAGAGCCGCGUCGCAAGGCCCGGGAGCCGGAGCAGCACGCCAGAGGGGCCCCGCCGCGCUUCCACACUGUUGCCACCAGCGUCCUCCAAAGGGCCGCCCAAACCGAGGCCUCGGGCCCCAAGCAGCAGCAUCCUUGGUCCGAGGCACCGGCCGACUCGGAUUGGUUCUAUCGGCCCCUGUAGAUUGCCCCCCUGUCACCCUGGCAGGCCAAAAAAUAAAAAAAUAAAA